UGGGAGACAAGUUUAGAAAAAGGUGGAACAAAUGUAGAUAAAUUUGCAUUUAUUGCGGAAUAUGUACUGCACAAGUUUCAAGAAGCUUGUGAUAGAAAAUCAAUCAUUCAUGAUAUGAAUUUAAGAUUAUGGGCCUUGGAGGCAAAGGAUCAAGUGGAUCUACCCGAAUUCAGGGCAAGUAAAUGGUGGAUUUGGAAGUUUAAAAAAGUACACGGAAUUGUUUCUCGAAAAAUAACCGCAUUCCGAACGCAAUUUACAUUUAAAGAUCAAGAAAAUAUACAAAAUGUCUCAAAAGAAUUUGUUUCAAAUGUAAAGUCCAAGAUCCCAGCUAUAGGACUAGAAGAAGUUUAUAAUGCAGACGAGAGUGGCUUCAACCUUGAAAUACAUUCUGGGCGAACAUUAGCGAAAUCAGGAGUGAAAAUAAUUGAGGCAGCAGUUCAAAGUAUAUCUUCAACAACACAUAGUUAUACUAUAAUGCCUCUUAUUUCGGCAAGUGGAAAUCUUCUUUCACCACUGUACAUCGUUUUGAAGGAGUCUACAGGAACAUUUGGACCGAGGGUGGAAGAAACUCUAUUUCGUCCAGUUAACAUAUACAUCCAGGCUUCAAAAUCAGGAAAACUCACUGCAGAACAUUUCAAAACUUGGUUCACCGAAGUAUAUCUACCGAAUACUGGCAGUAAAAUUAUGCUUCUACUUGACUCAUGGACGGGACACUGCCCGAGCCAGCUAGAGCAACAUGUACCACAAGUUUCCGCCUUCAAAAUGCGACACUUGUAAAGCAAGUGUCCCGGUGAAUAUAGUACGACCACUCAUUGAUGAAACAAAUUCUUCUACAGCUCCUCCUUUUACAGCUGAAGAAAUCAUGCGGCGCGGUGGCGGAAGAGGAGCAAUAAUUCAAAUACUACGGGAGAGGCGGGAGGCUCGUGAAAAUCGUUAAUUUAUAAUUUUGUAUAAUUUUUAAUUUUGACUUUCCACGACAAUUAGAAUAUGUAACUAUUUUUUACUCGAGAGUCGUUUACUCAAGUUUAGUUGUUUAACAAUAUUUUGUUAAUAUUAAGAUAUUUAUGAUAGCGGCUGAUGAAGGCCUAGUGAGGCAGAAAUUGGUUCCGCGUUAUUAUAAUAAUGUACAUUGCUCGUUAAUGUAUAAUGCUUGCUCCUACUUGUACAUAAUAAAAAUAUAUGUAAUUUAGAAUAACUUGAUUAUCAUUCAUUCUUGGCCCGGCUAAAAUUUUAUACGAGCGAAACA